AUGUUCAAAAUAUUUUAUAUUGAAUCCACUUUUUUAACAAAGACUAUAGCGGACGUGGUCGUUUUCAACUUUGUUUAUGCUGUUCCACAGAAAGUAUGCAAAGCUCUGCCAUUGCAAAGUGGGAAGACGGCAAUAGUAACUGGAGGGGCAGCAGGUAUUGGAUUUCACAUCACCAAACACCUUGUAUCUCUUGGUGCUCGUGUAAUCAUAGCAUCUAGGUCCAGAAAACAAGCAGAGUCUGCAAUUGCAAGAAUUAGAGAAAACCACCCAGAUGCUGAAGUUGAAUUCAUGUUUCUUGAUCUUGCCUCUUUUGAUUCUGUGAGAAAAUUUGCGGAUGAUUUUUUUUCAAAAGACUGGGCGCUGCAUAUUCUGAUCAACAAUGCUGGAGUUAUGUUGGUUCCCUGCAAGAACACAGAGGAUGGGUUUGAAUACCAUCUGCAGGUCAACUUUCUGUCUCAUGCUCUCCUUACCACACUUCUGCUAGAUAAAAUGGAAUCUAGUGCUGCAAUUGGCAACACUGUUGUGAGUGUUGUCAAUGUAUCAUCUGUUGCACAUGAAGCUGCAAACUUUAGAAAUAAGAUAUUUGAAGGAUGUGAAGACAACUGGAGUUACUCAUCACACAACGCAUAUGCAGUUUCUAAGCUGGCCAUUGUUAUGUACACUUAUGCUCUUAGCAGAAAACUUGCUGUGAGGAACUCACCAGUAACAGUAAAUGCAGUACACCCAGGUAUUGUCGACACAAAUCUGUACUGCCAUGUUCAUCCACCCAUUUCAUGGGCUCUGGGUAUUUUGAAGAAUUUUCUUUUUAUGUCACCUCAAAAUGCAUCCAAGGCCCUGCUACAUGUAGCUUUGUCACCGGAUUUGAACAAAUAUUCAGGAUUUUACUUCAGCAACUGCCAGCAGAAAGCAUCCAGCUCACUUUCCUACUCUCUAUCCCUUCAGGAAUACAUUUAUAACAGAACCUGUAAAAUUAUCAAUAAGAAAAGAGAUUGAAUAUUUGCGUGUUUUUUGAAGAUGGUUUUGUGUGUUUAUUUUUGCCUCUAAGUGCAUUCAUGUUCCCACUUGUCUGUAUUCAUGCAGUUUGCUUGCAAUCAUAACUUGACAACAUUAUUUCAUGUUUGUAAUUGUGUAAAAUCUCAGGUGUUUAUAACUGGAGUUCUAAAAAAAAAAAAGAGAGAGAGAUUUAAGAUUAUUUAAUGAGGAAAAAAAUGUCAUGAGAUUUCUUUCCUGUGGUACAAUAUACAGUAUUUACAAAAAAUUCUACUAGCUUCCAAGCUUUUGUUGAUGUUUUAAUCUUAAUAUGUUGAUUAAAAUCUAAUGAAAUUUCUUUAUAAAAGGACUUUUAGUAGCAGUAAUCAGUGCAGAAAAUGGUCCUUAUGGUCCUUUAUAAGACUUAAAAAAAAAUUACAGUAUUUAUACUUUUUAGGUGAUCCAUCUCAAUCUCUGUCUAAAAAUUUGCUGUUAAAAUCCACAGGUAGAUUCAUUUGUAGGAGAUGCACUCCUUCCUUAUUUGUUUGGGCUUAAAAUAGGCCAGGAAAGUAGAUUACAUAUUCCUUUAAAGUUGGCGCUAUAAACUGGAUUAAGUGCUAGUACGUUUAUAAUUGGAAGAUGGUUAUGGGUUUCCAAAGCCCGCACUCUUGGGGGGAAAAUGUAAAAUAAGUGAUCACUUGGCAAAAUCAAUGAGCCACUUUUGAGGUACAGAUGUUUGAUGCCCUAAAAGUGCAACCCACACGACCAGCGAACCAAGAGCCACUUCACACUGAUGUUUCACGUACACACUGAAACAAGUUCGGGUUUUGCCGUUACAUAAUUUAUGAGGGGUAAUUCUGUGCACUGUGAUAGCAUCUUAUCAUUUUCACUGAUCGACUGACAGUUUUUUACUUUGCAUUUUUCCACCCAUGAGAUGUUUCUUAGCAUGCUUUGGAAUAAUGAAUAUUACAGCAUUACACCACGAACUUGUAUUACUGGACUGCUGGCAGAAAACGAGGCAUGCUACUACAAAGCUUCCGGUUUAGUAAUUUUUUUUUUUUUUUAGGCUCGCCGAGACUGGCAGCGGAAAACUAGUCAGCGUACUCUCUGCAAUGCGCAUGCGCUAAUUGAGUUUCUGGUUUCGUCUGCUCGUUCGAGGGCUGUCACUAGUUAUGACAAAAUGGCAAAAGGCAGCGUCUUAAACUAUCACUCAACACGUCAACUCAUGAGAAAACAACUCAGCAAACAAUAAAGUAGAAAACUAAGAGUAUUGAUGUUUUCUGGCCGAAUGCAUUUUAUAGUAAAGGUGAAGGUGUCUGUCCACUUCAGCCUCAGCGAUGAUGAAAUUAGUUUUUACUAAAACUGCCGGCUAUUAAUUUAUGUUAAUUAUAUCACGGACUUGAUUGCAAUUUUUUUUAAAAUAUGUUUUUAUUGUUUGCAUGGUUUGUUUUCGCUCAGACUCGAUCGGUGCAAAGAGUCGAAUCCAUAGAUAUUGCAAACGAGCAAAUCGUUAAGUUUGUCGAAUGCACAUAAAUUACGACAAAGUCAACAGCAGCGACAAUGCUUUCAGCAAAGAAAUAGAUAUCUUACUUAAACCUGCCUCUUGCUGUCGCUGAUGUGCAUCUUACUGCGGUGCCAUGGAUGCUGCUGAACUUUAUCAAAAUGCUAACAUGACAACAACGUUAAAUGUUGGUUACUUGCAUGCAGCAUUGCAGUCUCUGUCAGUCAUAGUAGUUUCAGAAUUGGGUGAUAAGACAUUUUUCAUUGUAGCUAUUUUGUCUGUACAGCAUUCUCGCUUGAGUGUUGUACUUGGAGCCAUGAUCGGCAACAUAUUAAUGUUUAUUUUAACAGUGGCCAUGGGUUGUGUGAUGACAUUGAUGCCAGAGGCCUAUAUACAAGCUCUGUCAUCAUUUCUCUUUGUUAUUUUUGGCCUUCAGAUGAUGAAAGAAGGAUGGAGAAUGUCACCAAAUAAAGCAAUGAAGGAGCUUGAGGAAGCAAAAGAAGAAAUAAGGAAGAAGGAAGAUGAUUCUGCAGGAAAAAUGCCUCAAAGUAAUAACAAUUGGCAUGCACUGUGGUCCUUCCUUACAUCCAGUGUGGUGGUCAAAUCCUUCUCACUGACUUUGCUAGCAGAAUGGGGAGACCGCUCACAAAUUGCAACUUUUUUAUUAGGAGCAAGUGAAGAUUUAACUGGCGUGAUUAUAGGAGGACUUGUAGGUCAUACUCUUUGUACAGGCUUUGCUGCUGUCAGUGGCUAUUUUGUAGCCAAGAAAGUCUCUCUUCGAACUGUUCAUACUGUGGGAGGUCUACUAUUCCUUAUUUUUGGUGUAACUGCAUUAUUCAGCAAUUCCAGUGACUAAGUGGACAGAUUUGGCAAUCUUGCAUCAUUUUGGAAUAUGAUCACUCUGCUGAAAGAAGAAGCCAGACAAUGAAACGGUGUCUUACACCAGCUGAAAUAUAUAGCAGACAUGUCAGCUGUGUGAAAGGAACAUACAUGUAUAUAGUUCUCCAUGUUGCUACAGCCUUAACUACUUGCAUGAUAUGACUAAUGAAAAACAAAGUGACAGAUGACUUUGUAUAUGGCAUUUCCAUAAAAAUGUUAAUACAGAUUAACCAUGACUUAUUUCUCACAUGUUUAAGAUUUAUUUUAGGGAAAGAUGCAUAUGUCAUAAUGAAUCAUAGCAAAGCAACAUAAAAGUAACAAUAUGACAGUGUGACAGUUUUUGCAAUGCAAAAUAAUUAUCAAUAAUUUUUACCAUCUGCUACAUCAAGACUUUCCUCCUCACAGUUUUGAUAUAUAUUGUAGGUCGGCAUAAGAAUUUAAAUAGGAAUUUUUGGCCAGUCUCACAGAAGCUACAUGCAAUAUGCAAAGAUCAGCAGAUGACAGUAAAAGUUAGAAACUCAGAAAUGCAUAAAAUAUAUUUAGAGUAUUAUUUAAUAAUAACAUUUUAUCUUUUAAAACCAUACAUCUACAGUUUCUUUUUAAAAUCUAAAAAAAGCAAAAAUUUGUGAAGAGAAUAUGAAAGCUGGUAGAUGACAUACAAAGGCUAGAAAUGUAACCUCAAUAAAAAAAAAAUUAUCUCAUAAAUGUAUGUAUUGCAUAAUACUACUGAUAUCCAUUUUACUGUUUAAUAAGGGAACAGCUAUGCUCGUUUUUUGUUUUCUUUAAAAUUAAAUUUACAGUAAAAGAAC